AUGGACUUCUACAACUACAGCCUACCAAACUAUUUCAACCACGGGGUAUACCCACCGGUGUUCUCCGCCGGUAUAGAGCCUCUCCAGAAAAACGAUCCAGAUAACGGCCAAGACAUCUUCCUGCGAGAUCCCGACUUGUCGGACCACGGCCAGCCCAUCAACAACAUGCCUUACUGGACCAGGACAGCAAGAAACUAUACCCCCCGACUAUCGCACCAUCGCGGCUCAGACACCAAAAACCACGAGACCAAUAAGGCCACAGAUGCACCAGGGUACCAAACCCUCGGCAUCGAUGCUGCUCUGCGAAAUCUCUACCACGAGGUCACAGCUUCGCUGAACAUGUUUCAUACGUUUGUGCAAUGCUUUGAAGCCGAUGUUGAACCUCUCAAGGGUUGGGCCGACGAGCACACCCUUGACACCAUCUGGAGGAACAAGAUCAGGAACCAGUUUUUUGGCGACAAACGGGAGCGAGCCAGGUUCCAUGGCGUGGCAACGCGGAUUAUGUCCAUUCGACUGGCAUUGAAGGGUGCUGCCAAAGAUACCAAAGCCUUGUUGAGGGUGUGGGAAAACAAGUACGCAGCUGAGCGCCAGCUUCGAACGGCUAAGAAAGCCGUUGUUUUCUGUGACGGUCUCAUCGAUCUCGCGGGAAGAACGGCAAGCGAGCGGCAGGCUUGCAAGGAGCUGUUGAUCGAGCUCGAGGAUACGAAAUGUCUUCUUGACCGAAGGAAGCAUCCAUGGAUCUAUGGUGAAGAUGAAGUCGACGAACAAGCCGAGAGUUGGAAUGAAAAUGACGAAGCGAAUGGUGAAGAGGGGCUGAACGAUUAG